CUCCCGGGCUGUAUGCCUCAGGUCGGAACUCGGGGCUAGUGCCUGUAGAGAGACCGAAGCGCUCGGUUCCCCGAGGGGGGCCGCCGCCUGGGCGUGUGGGGGCGCAGGCCCGGGGGAUGCUGGGCUCAGUGAAGAUGGAGGCUCAUGACCUGGCCGAGUGGAGCUACUACCCGGAGGCGGGCGAGGUGUAUUCUCCAGUGAAUCCUGUGCCCACCAUGGCCCCUCUCAACUCCUACAUGACCUUGAACCCUCUCAGCUCUCCCUACCCUCCCGGAGGGCUUCAGGCCUCCCCACUGCCUACAGGACCCCUAGCACCCCCAACCCCCACCGCGCCCCUGGGGCCCACCUUCCCAAGCUUGGGAGCUGGUGGCGGCACCGGAGGCAGUGCUUCCGGGUAUGGAGCCCCAGGGCCUGGGAUGGUACACGGAAAGGAGAUGGCGAAGGGGUACCGGCGGCCACUGGCCCACGCCAAACCACCAUAUUCCUACAUCUCUCUCAUCACCAUGGCUAUCCAGCAGGCGCCAGGCAAGAUGCUGACCCUGAGUGAAAUUUACCAAUGGAUCAUGGACCUCUUCCCGUACUACCGGGAGAACCAGCAACGUUGGCAGAAUUCCAUCCGGCACUCGCUGUCCUUCAAUGACUGCUUCGUCAAGGUGGCGCGCUCCCCAGACAAGCCAGGCAAAGGCUCCUACUGGGCCUUGCAUCCCAGCUCCGGGAACAUGUUUGAGAACGGCUGUUACCUCCGCCGUCAGAAGCGCUUCAAGCUGGAGGAGAAGGCAAAGAAAGGAAACAGUGCCACAUCCGCCAGCAGGAAUGGUACCAUGGGGUCAGCCACCUCUGUCACCACUACAGUUGCCUCUGCAGUCACCUCCCCAGCUCAGCCCCAGCCUACGCCAUCUGAGCCCGAGGCCCAGAGUGGGGAAGAUGUGGGAGGUCUGGACUGCGCCUCACCUCCUUCGUCCACACCCUAUUUCACUGGCCUGGAGCUCCCCGGGGAACUGAAGUUGGAUGCGCCCUACAACUUCAACCACCCUUUCUCUAUCAACAACCUGAUGUCAGAACAGACGUCAACACCUUCCAAACUGGAUGUGGGGUUUGGGGGCUACUCAGCUGAGAGUGGGGAGCCUGGGGUCUACUACCAGAGCCUCUAUUCCCGCUCUCUGCUUAAUGCAUCCUAGCAGCGCAAUUGGGAACGUGGUGAUGGGGGUUAACUGUAACAGACGCCAUGUUCUUGGGCUCUGAUCUUUGUGGUUACACUUUGCUUGUCCAGUUAAUUAACAUCUUAUUUGGCCUAUUACUGUGAUAUGACCUAAUUGGCUACUGUGGUAACUGCCAUGGACUCUUUGGUGGACCUAGGGUUGGGGUAUUGUGAAGUCAGAUGCGUUUGGGAGUGUUGCGAAGGUGGCCAUGUUGGACAUAUUGUGAAGUUAGACUGGUUUACUAUGAAAGCUGCCAUAUUAACUGAAGCCAUCGGGUGAUUGAUCCACGGGGUGCCUGAUGGUUGCGAUGUUGGAUGACACAUCAUUUGGCCCUUUGGAUGCUGUGAUGGACAUCUUGAUUGACUUUUUGAGUGUGUGACAGUCACACUGUGUGUGUCAGCCACAUCUUCUUUGGCCCAUUGUAUUCUGGGAUCACCUUUUUUUCUUUUCUUUCUUUUUUUUCUUUUCUUUCUUUCUUUUUUUUUUUUUUGGCAGACUUCUUGGUACAGAAGAUGCCAAGUUGGCCAUCAUAUCACAUGGUGUCUUUUUUGACAUUCUGGAUGCACGGAAGGUCACCGUAUUGGCAAGGUGACAUCUUGACAUGCUGUUAUACACCAAGAUGGUCACUACAGGCCUGUUGUCACCAUCUCCUUGGUGGGGGUUGGGUAAGGGGUAGAGGUAAGCAGACCCUGUGACUUUUCUCUGAAGCCCAUCACCAUCCUGUCCGUGAGAAGAGGCUAAUGUGGGUGUAGAGAGUUCCUACUGAGGUCAAGUUCUUGUCUGGAGCUUGGGAUACUGCCUGUGUUUAACCAUUAAAAGGGCAUCGUCUCCA